GCGUAGAAUAUAUAAACAAAUAGAAGCAUUGCGUAAAAAAUGCAAGUGCGCGGGUGAAUCAUCGGCAAUUGCUAAUGUACAUUAACUCAUGUGUCUAGUGCGCCGAAUUGUAAGCACAACAGCAACUUAGCUGAGCAGAUAAUCAGUUUAAAAAUAUGUCAAUGGACGCGGACGCGGAUCCAACAAAAGCAGCUACGGAAUGUGCGCAAUUGCUGGAAUUUAAAGAAUUUUUGUCCACAAGAGCCGUAAGCAGCGAACUGACCUCUGGUAACGAACUAUCUCGCAAUAUUAAUUGUGUAACGCGCAGCAGCACUGACACCUACAAAGUGAAUGGCGAUGAAAGGCGCGCGGAAAUUAUUUCAGCCGUUUGGAAAUACUUAUCAACCCGAGGCUGUCCGGUCUCCUUUCAGCUCAAGCUUCUCCAUUUGGCAACCUCCCAGCUGGAGCAGGAGAUUUGUCAUGCCAAGGAGCUGGAGCUGAAUGAGGCAGAUGGCAGCGAGCCACAAUAUGAUCUAUUGAAAUUACAAAAGUUUGUCAACCUACAGCUGGAGAAGCUGUUGCUUAAGUUGACGGACAAUGCAGCCAUGGAAAAGCUACAGACCUAUGCAGAUAAUGGUGCGCUAUGCAAGGAACCCUCUAGCUGCGCAUGCGCCUUACAGCCCGCAGCACCAUCGCACAGUGUCGCAGCUGUUAAGAAUAAGCCGCGUAAAAUGGAAGAUCGCCAUGUGUGCCUGGAACGUUUUGGUGAAAUGUAUCAGAUAGAGGAUCACAAAGAUUGCCGUUUCUUUGGCGUCUUCGAUGGCCAUUCAGGUGCCUUGUCCGCCACCUAUGCAACCAGUCAAGUACCCCAAUUGUUGGCCAAGCAAUUGCAGCGAGUGCGAACUAAUGGGGAGUGCACUGUGGACUUCUAUCGCAACGCCUUCGAGGCGUCCUUUUUGCAGGCGGACGAACGGUUUGCUCGCAAACGCAUCACCAGCGGCACAACUGCUGUCUGUGCCCUGAUUGUGAACGGACAGCAAUUGUAUAUUGCCUGGGUGGGCGACUCCAAGGCGUUGCUUGUAGGUAAACGGACUCAGCUGCAGCUGGUCAAACCACACAAACCAGAGGCUGUCGAUGAAAAGCGGCGCAUCGAAUUGAGCGGCGGCAGCGUCAUUCACGCCCAGGGCCAAUGGCGCGUCAAUGGCAUCUUGAAUGUGGGUCGCUCCAUUGGCGACUACAGCCUGGAAGCUGUCAUAGCUGAGCCCGAUUUUGUCGACGUGCAGCUAAGUGAAGCACAUGACUUUUUGGUCAUGGGCAGCGAUGGGCUCUGGGAUCAUGUACCCGAGUCCUUCGUUGUGGAGACCGUCUAUCAGUGCUUAGCGGAGCCGGCCACCCAACUCGAAGACAUUCCCAAAUUGCUUGUGGAGGCUGCCAAGGAUAGGGACUCACAGGAUAAUAUAACCGUUAUCCUCAUUCUGCUCAAGAAGCGCGACCAAAUCGUACAACGUUAGGCAAUCAAAAGAACAGAAUGUUGUUUCCAGAUUAUUAUUAUAGUUAUUCUGCAUUUGUUGUCUGUUUAUCACACACAUAUUUUUGAUUAUUAUUUUUUAAAUAUUUUUAUUUCCAUGUAAAUAGCUUUAGGCUCGCUAAAUUUUCCUAUUUUCGAUUCGAUUCAACCACAUUCGUCUGUGCCUCUCGAAUAAGCUUAACAUUUUGAUCCAACUAUAUGUAUAUCACAUUAUAUACAUAUAUACAUGCAUUUUAGAGAUAUAUCAUAUAUGUAUUUAUAUAGAUACUUACAGGUAAAAUCAUAAUAACCAAGAAGUUAACAUUGUUUUUGGCCGCUUUUUAGUAGCUCACAGUGCUUCCACCCGAUUCGAUUGCUGUAUAUUAAGCAACCAUAUAUGAAGCAAAUAUAUAUAUAUAUAUAUAGUUGUAGUUAUAUA